UUGCUAGUGUUCGUUGAUUAAGGAAGCUUCAAUGUGCGCGAAAUUUGCUUCUUUUGAAGAAAUUAGAACAUUAGAGCCGAGGUCCUCUCAGAUUCAGUCAUUUUGUUUCUUUGGAUGAUUGUUCGUUUUGAAACGACUGAAAGAGUCGCUUCCGAGAUAGUGUUUGGCGAUCUACGCUCUAUGGCAACUGAGGUUCCUAAAAAAUCCCGUUACGACAGCUGACGCUGGUAUAGUUGAGCAUAAAAUACUGUACUAUUUUAUUCGAUGCUCCUUAGAAAAUCCCAAUGUUGCCAGUCCAUGAACGGUGAUGAACAGGGAUCGACCAUCAUCGAGUUAUCGAAGUACCCGAGUUUCCCUCCAAUCCCAGCGCGGCUAUGCUAGUAACGAUGGAGAUCCUUAUCCGGGAGCAGACAUUAUACCCUACCAGUGCCCAGCCACCCCCUGUACGCCCUGUGGAGGCGCUAUUACCUCCGCUCCAUCGGCCAGCAUGGAGACCAGCAUGGGGAUGCGUAUAUCGCGGGUGCAAGCGAUGAAGAAGCGCUUGGAUGAUUUAGAGCCAAAGGUCAACUGCAUUGAUCAGAAAAUGGAUUAUGUGCGCGAUUCAACAGAUAAAUUACGCGAUGGGCUUCUGACCAGACGCAAGGAAGUUGAAGACUUAGAAAAGGGCCUGAUUGACCGGGUAGCGCGAACUGAACAAAAAGUGCAAAAUUUUUCAAGGGAAAUCAGUGAUUUUAAGGUAGACUCGGAAACUGACAAUGCGGCCUUGCGACAGUCCGUAACUUCGCUCACGGCCGAAGUUGCCUGUAUGCGCACUUGGGUGCUGGAAAAUCUGCGACAAAUUCACACUAAACUCGACGUCAAAGAACAAGAGCACAGUCAUUUCAAAGGCCAUUUCCACGAGCGCCUUAGCGGAUGUGAGCAAGGCUGUGCUAUGCGAACCGACGACUUGCACUGUUUAAAGGCUGAGGUGGAUGCCAAAUUUGCCGCAAUCAAGGAAGCCCUUUCUGGACAGUUUCCCAGCCGAUGGUCAAGGUCGUCGGAUGGACGCAAGUCCAGAAACAGCAGUUAUGGCCGCAGUUACGAUGGCCGAAAUUCCGGCGUAACAAGCGAUCGUGGCAAUUAUCACGAGGGCCGUAAUUCCGGUUUGACGUCAGAAUGGCAACGGUGACGCUGCAAGCGCGCAACAUUACUUGACUACUUUGAAGUUUUGUUUACAUAUUACAAGAUGUAGUCGAAUUCCCGGGUUGGCAGUUCCAAAGUUACUGGACAAAGUGCCCGUAGUGAAUGUCGGGUUGUUUUGUUUUUUAAAUCUUUGUUAUUUUGUAAAGUGUCAUGUUACUGUAGAAACAGUAUAGCAAAAAUGAGUGCAAAUCAACAAAAUGGUGCUACCAGGUUAUUUUUAGCUACGAAUGAAGUUAAUACUUACUAUA